UCAAUCAAAAAAUGAAAUCAAUAGCCUCUCUAUGCAUUCAGUUCUUCUUCCUGUCUUCUUCUUCUUCUUGUAAUGGAGAACAAAGAAGACUUGAAGUCAAUUCUUCCAUUUUUACCGUUAUCACUCUCAUCAUCUUCACUUUCAUGGCCACCACCAGUAGUUGAAGCACUUAGUACUCUCUCAAAAGGACCUCAUCACAGCAAAAUCAACUCUGGUGAACUCCUCUUCAUCGCCAUUUUCGAUAUGAGAAACUCUUUAUAUCUCCCUGAGUUCUCCAUUGAUGCUUAUGCUUCUCGCGGUCUCGCCUUCUUCUUCGAUCAUUUGCUUCCUAGGGAUGAAGCUGCAAAAUGGUUUGAAGAAGUGGUGCCACAAUUGGCUAAUUUGCUUUUGAGAUUGCCUUCAUUGUUAGAAACUCAUUAUGAGAAUGCUGAUGAUGGAGUUUUGAAAGGAGUUAAAACCGGUCUUCGCUUGUUGGAAUCACAAGAGCCUGGCAUUGUCUUCCUUAGUCAGGAAUUAAUCGGUGCUCUACUUGCAUGUGCGUUGUUUUGUCUAUUUCCUACCCGUAAUAGAGGUUCCAGUCAUCUUCCAAUGGUCAACUUUGAUCACUUAUUUGCUUGUCUACAGGAUCAUUAUGAAGAAGCAUAUGAACAUAAAUUGAAGUGCAUUGUUCACUAUUUUGGGAGGAUAUGUUCAUCUAUGCCCGAGGGCUAUGUAUCUUUCGAGCGAAAAGUUCUUUCGUUAGAAUAUAGUCCAUCUUGUAUUCCCUAUCCAAAGGAGAAAGUAUGGAGUCAGUCUAACAUCUCCCUUUGCCAUUUUGAGAUUUCCAUUUCAGGCUUAAUUGAAGAUCAAUCACGUGAAGCUAUUGAAGUUGAUUUUGCUAACAUGUAUUUAGGAGGUGGUGCUCUCGUUAGGGGCUGUGUGCAGGAAGAAAUUCGGUUUAUGAUCAAUCCGGAGUUAAUUGCUGGCAUGCUUUUCUUGCCGGGCAUGGCCGACAACGAAGCAAUAGAAAUUGUUGGUACAGAAAGGUUUUCAAGUUAUACCGGGUAUGCAUCUUCAUUCCGUUUUAAUGGUGACUAUGUCGACAAAAAGGAUAUUGAUGUUUUGGGAAGGCGUAAGACUAGGAUAGUUGCAAUAGAUGCACUCUGCCGCCCGGGAAAGAGCCAAUACAGACGUGAAGGUCUUCUAAGGGAGAUUAACAAGGCAUUUUGUGGCUUCAUGGAUCAAUGCAAGUGUCAUCAGCAUCAACAGCUUUUCAAAGAUGAUAAAGCUGUUAACAUCACCGAUGGAAGGUCCAUUGAUAAUCUUCUGUUGCUUGGUCAUACUUCAACUUCAUCUCAACCAACUGAGGAACCACUAAGGAACCCGUUAAUCAGAAACCGCGAGGGACACAGUGGUCAACCCUUAGUAGAUGAUCAUCAUGGAAUUGGGGUUGUGACUGGAAACUGGGGUUGUGGUGCUUUUGGUGGAGAUCCUCAACUUAAAGCGAUGCUUCAAUGGAUUGCUGCGUCUCAGGCAAUGAGACCUUUCAUCUUGUAUUACACAUUUGGUCUGGAAGCAUUGCAGAUGCUGGACCAGGUGACACAAUGGAUUGUUUCACAUAAGUGGACUGUAGGGGAGCUUUGGAAUGUGUUGGCGGAAUACUCAUCUCAGAGAUCGAGGGGUGCAACUAGCAUACGCUUCUUCAAUUGGCUCCUUCCAUCAUUGUCUUCUCGUGAUACCAUGCUCAACGAUUCCAAUGAUGAUUGAGGUUGUUCGUGCAGUUUAGCUUAAUUAUAAUGCUACGCGGAUUGUAUUAUAAGGUGAGAUGUAUCAUCGCGGUUCUAUCUUUAUGCUUACUGUAAACCUAUCACUGCAGCUUUCCUGGUUUAUUCGAACUUGGGACCGGCCAUAUUGUGAAGCUCACAUAGGGGGAGUUGUUGGUUAGAUGAAGUGCUAGUUGUUAUUUAAAUACUUGUAUAUUGUAAAAAAGGAUAACACAAUGCACUAAAGCUCUCGCUAUAUGCGGGGUCCAGGAAAGGGUCGAACCACAAGUAUUUAUUGUACGCAAUCUUACCCCA